AUGCCGAGCAUGCGCCAGUCUGCACUCAGACUCAUGGGUAGGGCAACCGACUUCAUCCAGGCCGAGCUUGAACUCGUAAAGGCACAACCCGACUUGCGUGCCGUUCCGACCGGGCUUUUAUUCUCGCUAUUCUGUCUCGGAACGACGGUCUGUUGGGUAGAUUCGCGGGGCUUUGGCAUCCCAUUCCUCCGAGAAGCGCGAACUCUCAUUCAGCGGCUGAACACGCAGUCCAUAGUCCUCAGCGCCACCGGCUUAGACAUGCUGACCUUCUUCAACAAGAGCUUGGCAUAUUGCGAGAUGCUUCUAGCAGUGGUACGCGACGACGAACCCCUCGAAAGCCAGGACAAUGAAGACUUGGCUGCAAAUCAGCUCCAACUCAUUCAUGAACGGGAUCCCCAUCCAUGGACCGGGGUUUCCACGGUCAUAAACCGCUUGUUUGCAGAUUGCAUUCGACUUUGCCGAAGCUUUCGACAUCGCCUGAGGCAAGGCAUGGAUCCGCAGCGAUACUUCUCUUCAGCGCUGCAGGACCUGAUCGUUGCUCAGCGCCUCGAGGAACAGCUCCUGGAAUUGGAAUUCCCUCCAGACAGCCCGGAUGUCGACACGGGAGAUUUCGCAACGCCAGUGUCUCACCUCGCAAAAGUUGCAGAGGCCUACCGCCUAUCUUCGUUGCUUCACCUCUACCAGACCUUUCCAGAUCUCGUUUCGCUUCGUCUUCCGACCGAGUCUCCCGUCACGGAGAGUGGCUCCGUGCCAUGGGACGAGUGGAUCAUUCCCCUCGCCCUUCGGCUCGUCAAGGUCCUGGAGCACAUUCCUACAACAUCCGGCACUCGAGUGAUCCAGCCGCUGCUGUACAUCUCAGCUAGCACCGGUCUUCGGCACGACAAUUCCGCGUCAUCUGACAUGAUGAACAUUUUUGGUUCGCUCCAGCAGGACCUGAUGGGUGGCACGGGGUCGAGCGUCAUCAGUCCUCCGCCAUUGUUCGAUUCGCACAACCUGUCGUUGUACAUCAGCCAGAUGGCUUCUGCCCCGGUACCGGAGGAGCCCAUGGGCAAUCUUUCAGUCGAUAUCAGCAGUGCCAGACAUUUUGUCAUGCGACGGUUGGGUAUCUUAGAGAGUAGUCUGCCGCCUGCGCCGGUGGUUGUUGCCAGAGAGCUGGUGCAAACGAUUUGGAGAGCCUACGACAGCGAGAUUGGGAUACCGACGAUUCAUUGGAUCGACAUAAUGGAGGACAACAACUUGCGGUCAAUGUUUGGAUAA